UGAAAGUUUACACUGAACUUUGAUCAUUUUUUUCCCGAUGCGAUAGAUGUAAAAUUUGGUGAAUAUCACACCUUUCCGUCUCUCCGAAGUUCCCGGGAGCUAUGGAAAACUACGGUUGUGAUAACAGACCUCUCUGUUGAACGUGUUACUGUACAAGUAUUACUUUCGAAGUCCGGCAUUAGCGGGGAAAAGUUUGUGUUGUUGUUGUUGGAAUUGAAGUUACUCCGGAGUCCAUCGGCAAAAAAUGGACUCGCGGAUCCGACAGCUGCUUAGUGCUUGUGAGCACGGGGAUCUUCAGACGGUAGAGACGUUGUUAGAUCAGGGGCUAGCGGUGGAUGUGUGUGAUGAUGACGAUGUGACACCGCUUCAGGUAGCCUGUGCAAACGGGCACGAAAGUGUGGUACGGUUACUGCUGAUGAGAGGCGCUGCCUUAGACACUACCAACAGUAUGGGGUGGACACCGCUCAUGCAGGCGGCCAGAUACGGCCAUACUGCCGCCGUGGCUCUUCUCUUACAAAACAAAGCUGAUAUCAAUGCCAAAAACAGGCUGUAUGCUUCAGCCCUAACCUUAGCUUCUCGGGGUGGCCAUAUUCAAACUGUUAGACUGCUCCUAGAAGCUGGCAUAGAUCAUGACAAUCUUGGGGCGUCCUGUGAAUUUACGCCUCUUCUGGCUGCAGCGCAGCAUGGCCAUGAUGCAGUCCUUCGCUUACUGCUAGACAAAGGUGCUGAUGUGAACUACAGGACUAGCUCAGGUGCCGUCACACCACUGAUGCUAGCAGCUUUGAAUGGUCAUAUGACAACUGCACAGAUUUUAAUUGACAGAUGCGGAGAUGCAAAUGCCAUGACAGUUGAUGGGAAAACUGCACUGGAAAUAGCAUCACUGAGAGGAAAGAGAGAAGUGAUGGGAUAUUUGGACAGAAAAACUACUAAUAAACCUAUAUUAGCACCAGAAGACAUUAAACCAGAUAUAAUUGAGGCAGCAAAACACAGUAAUUUGGUGAGAAUAAGGGAAAUUUUAGCAAGAGAUAUCAGCCAAAGGGAUGCAUGUUCUCCACAAGAUGGCGCCACCCCUCUGAUGUUUGCUGCCAUGACAGGCCGUUUGGACAUCGCUCAGCUGUUAAUAGAGAAUGGUUGUGACAUGAACAAGCAGGAUGUGAUCAGUGGCUGGACAGCUCUAAUGCAGGCUAUAUACCAUGGGAAAAAAAAUGUGGCGAUGUGUCUUAUCCAGUCUGGCGCAGAUGUUACCGUUCAAGCCAAGAAUGGCUGUACAGCAUUUGACAUGGCAUCUUUGAUAGACGAUGACACAGAGCUGUUACGACUGCUAGCAGCGCGUAUGCUCCAUGUAAACAAAGUGGAUAAACAGCGUCCUAAGAGGUCAGGUCGAAACAGUGGAGCUGUUACUCCUCAUAAUGGAGAGGAUCACCCAAAAAGCGGUUUAAAGGCUUGGUGGAGUCGUAUGUCCAAUAGAUUUAGGAACCUCAAGCUGGGACGGACGUUCAAUCUCUCCUCCAAUCGUCUGGCUCCAAUGGAUUUGCAUGGUGUUGGUAGCGAUCCAAAUGCCACAAUUCGGAGCCACUCCAGUUCCAUCAAGAGCUCUCCAGCAGAUAUAAAGGCACCGCUGCGUGCUACCUCCAUGCUCAAUCUGAACACAGUAUCCAGCACUACGUCGAUCACAAGUUAUGAAACCAUGCUUCUGGAGACGAAGAAAAGCGCUGCCAUGUACACGCUGGACAUCAACCCACCACAUUCUAACAUGACAGGAACUGAGACCCUGAAGCCAGUUGUACCCCCAUUCCUGCCACUGCCAACCUUUGACCUUGACAACAAUGAAAGGACACGCAUAUCAUUUGGAGGUCGAAGGGCAGAUUUUCUGGAUAGUUCAUCAACCAUGACUUUGCAGCAUCCAAUGAAACUUUUACGCGCUCGUCCAUCAGUGUCAACCAUUGGCUCCACACCUGUCACCCCUCUCACCACCCACCGUUAUCUCCAUGGCAACAUUAGUCCUGCCUCUUCAGGAGGAUCAAGUGGUGUCAAGCUAGUCAACAAGUCAACCCCUGACCUCACGUCUGACCCCCUGUUUGCUGCUGGCCCUCACACUCCCCACUCCACCCGUCUCUUCAUGCCCAGAAACCGUGGAGUUGCCCCAACGUUCAAAGCCAAAUCCAAUACAACGUCACCAAACAGUUCCACAAGCUCCUCUAUAACCCCACAGAGAUCUUCACAAGGGAGAAGUACAUCAUCCAAGGAGAGCACAGCUUCCACCCUCACACCUUCUCCUUCCCCUGUGCCAAAGAAUGGUAACAAGAUGGAAUCUGCAGAUGAAAACACAGAAUCUCAUGACGAUGAACUAGCGGACAUCCUCAAGAAACUAUCCUUGGAGAAAUACAACCCAAUCUUUGAAGAGCAAGAGGUUGACAUGGAAGCAUUCCUGACUUUGACGGACACAGACUUGACGGAGCUGGGUAUUGGCAGUUUGGACUCUCGUAAGCAAAUACUGACUGCUAUCACCGAGCUCAACUCUGGAAAGGGUAGAGAGAGACAACACUUCCAUGAUACUAUGACAUCAUUCCAGUCCACCCUCACUUCCAAGUUACCUCUCACCCCAGGCUCUGAAGCUCACAAUCAGCUGAUGAUGGCCCUGAAUUCGAAAAGAGAGAGCACGGAAAACAGCAUGAUGCCCAGUGCCAAGUCACGCUCUUCUUAAGACUGUGCAGAGAAAAGCGCUGUUUCACUGUGGAACAUCGCACACAUUUCAGCUGAUAGUAGUGAGAAACCUGCCCUUUGGCACCAGGUGACUCUCAAUGCUGGAUAAUGCCCAGCCUGUCCCUAUCAAGUAAAUAUGUGUGCUUUCUGUGUAGUAGGUGAUCAUCAGUAUUGCCUGUAUGUGAUGAUUGAACCACAAUGGUUGAAUUAGAAACAAAUUAUGGGUGCACUGCAUGCUUUCCAGAGUCACAAAAUGGGUGCAUUGGUAAACCUUUUUGGGUGCACGAGCUAAAAGGUGGGGGCAUCUACAUGUGCUGCCAUGCACCCUCAAUUUCAAAGUCUUUACUGUCUCAUCUGGAAUUCAGAUUUGUUACAUUGUUAAAACCAAGUGCAAUUAACCGUUAAGAAAAAUCAAACCUCAACAGUAGUUGUUUUUUUAUUAAAUCUAUAUGUAUUGUAUUGAUACAUGUAUGUUACAAUCUUUUCAGUACAUUAUGUACUUUGUGUGUCUCAGUGCUUGUUUUCAUGUAUCAUAUUGUACAUCUUGUCUAUCUUAAGUAUUGCAUCAUUCAAUUGUAUUUCAGAGCCAUAAUUUUGCAUAUGUGUUUAGGUGCCAGUCAGAAAUAUAUAUUUCCUUUGGGCGAGGUUGAUACUUUUCAAUCUCAUGCUUGGGUCAGUUGCUAUUAGGGUUUUUUUUUUUUUAAUAUUGUUGGUGGAUAAAUAUGGACCAUGGUGUUCAUAAUUGAAUCUCUGGUGUAUGAUUACAAAAAGUAAUUGAAAAGACAGUCAUGGUCCAGCUCAUGCUGGCUUCCUCUCUGGCUGUAUGUGGUAAGGUCUGCCAGCAACCUGCAGAUGGUCAUGGGUUCCCCCCUGGCUCUGCCCGGUUUCCUCUCACCAUAAUGCUGGCCGCUGUUGUAUAAGUGAAAUAUUCUUGAGUACGGCGUAAAACCAAUCAAAUAAAAUAAAUACAUAAAGAAAAGACAGUAGUUAGACAGGCAGCCGUGGUGUACAUGUAUCUAUUAAAUUGAUGUUUCAUUUGGACUCAAGAGUAUUUCACUUAUGCGAUGGCGGCCAGCAUUAUGCUGGGAGGAAACUGAGCAGAGCGCGGGAGACUCACGACUGUCUACAGGUUGCUGUCAGACCCGAAGAUAGAAAUUAGCUGAAUAAAUGUACCAGACUCAGCCCUUCAAUUGUGACAGUUUUUAUAUGUUAGGUAUAUUUUCAUCAUUAUCAUCUGAAUGGUCAGGAAUCUUAUCUGAACCAUUAUUACAAGGACGAUGUAAAUUUUGGAAGUUACAAUCGUGAUAGUUAGCCAGAUUGUGGCCAGUGUAAAUGGACAAUGCACCGGUCCAAAAUUUUUCUUGCCUUCAUUUCAGAAGAGUUCUACAUCAUAAUGAUUCUGCAGCUAACAACAACAGAUACAUAGCACAUCUUUUUGCAAGCUGAGUGUAAAAGUGCUAAAUUACAUCCUCAACCCAAUUCCUCAUAACUAAAACUUCAGUAGCCAGUUGUUACAUAUAUGUAUAUUCGGCUGUUUAUUGUGCUUGCAGCAGGUGGCAAGUGGAUUUAUGUUUACUAGCAGUUAGGAAAAAAAUUACUGCCUGGUGCCAGGUAGGCAGGUCUUUUGGCCCUUUAUAAUCUGAAUUGGUUACAUGUAGAUGCUAUAUGAAACAAGCCUGCAGAUAACUGCCUCUUGCUUUGAAAAACAUCCGUUUUAUAGAAAGUGGUAUGAUCCAAGUGUUAGGAUUGGUACUUUGUAGAAAAAUACAUUUGACAUAGACAUACAUGUAGCUGGCCUUACGACUCUCUCUAGAGGUGCUCUUAGAAAAUGUGAAGCGAAUAUGCACAUGUACUCCAAAUAUUUUGGGAGUAUUUUUAGAAAAUGUGUGAAAGGAAAUGCUGCCAAUACAUCUCAGAGUCUCAUUUUCAAUUAUUACUUGUAAAUUGAUCAUUUUUCAUACAUUUCAUAGCCUGCUUUUCAGGUAACCAAAAUUUUCCCUGUUGUUAUAAAUGUUAAAAACUUUGUUUGAUAAUUCUUUAGAAAAGUAAAGUCUCAGAAAUCUUUUCCCUCAGAUUUAUGUGUGUUCGGUAAAUUCCGUCCGCAAAAAGGGCCUACUCUCAGGGCAUGUUUUGCCCUACAUGUCUACAUGUGAAUGUAUAGUAAUGUGUAACUGGAUGGUGAUGAUUUUACCUUGUGAUAUGGUUGUAUAGAUAUGUAAGUUCUAUGCACUUGUACCAUUGAUAAUUUAAGAGAUCACAAAGCAUUGUUUUACUUAAUUGUAAGAUGGUUAUUGAUGAGUAGAAUUUUCCUGAUAAACAAAAAAAUCAUCGAUAAGUACACCAUCAAAUCAGCUUAUGUUGUGAUAUUAGAUUUUUAUUCUUUGUUAAAUUAGACUAGUUGAAUGAUGCUUAUUUCCAAAAUUUCUGUAAAAUCUUAGUUUUUGAUUUUCUUGGAAUAAUUUUUCAUUUUUAAAAUUUUUCUUGCACGUUCAAGGAUAGGCCCAAAAACCAACUGCCAGACUACAUAAUGCACAGUUUGCAAUUUGUGAAAAUCGAAUACGAACAUGACUCAAGGUUUACAGGAUUUUAUUUUUCAACCUUUUUAAUUAUAAGGUUCUAUCUUAAUUUUAACAUGGGUUUUCAGUCAAGUUUUGGACACUCUGUCUUUUAACAUUUGCCUUUCACUUUAUAAUCAGGGAAGUGAAUGCUUUGAUGUCAUUGACGUUUUGUAUGGUAUACCAACUAUUGUAAAUUUCCAAUUGUUUAUAUUUUGAGGUUUCCUCAUGAAAAAGAAAAUGCCACAAUUCAGAUUCUUCAACAUUUCCUUGGGUGCCAUUGAGGAAUGUUAGGCCCAAAGUUAACAUUUCAGCUUUUGAUAUUUUUCUCAUGCCUACUGGAAUGUUAACCGUGAACCUUGCAGAAAAUAUAAAGUUUGCUAAGAGCUAAAACCAGGUAAUAAAUUAGAUUACAUGUUUGCAAUUCUGUGUGGAUUGCAAGAUAUCACUUCUUCAGGACUUACAGUUAUAACAGUCUCCCGAUUUGUUUUUAUAGUUAUUUGGUCAUAUUGAGUUAUUGGAAUCCCACAAAUUGGAAAGCAUACAUUGUUGUUUGUUUUCAAGUGUGUUAUGCACUAUACAAUUCAUGUACAUGUAUUGUCCAAAUCAAGUUUUAGAGUAUGCAAAUGUACAUUUUUAUAUUCAUUCAUUUGUAAUAUUAACAUUAUUUGCUAUGGGGCAUAUUCAGUGUUGACUAUCUGAUUUAGUCACAAUAAACUCACUCUUA